UCACCAUCAUCAUCAUCUGUCACUUGUUGUUGUUGUUAUUCUUGUUGCUGUUGAAUCUCUAUAUAUAUUAUAUCAGACAAUUUAUUUGUUCAAUUCAAAUUCUAUAUAAUCUAUUCAAGCCAGAAAGAAAGAAAUCGUUAUUUUAUUGUCUUAUUACACUUUUUUCUAUCUAUCUCUUUCUCUCCGUCGGAAAAUACUCAAAUCGCUACAUUUGUUGUUUGUUAAUUUGAUUUCGUUUAAAAAAAUUUGUCCAAAUUUAUUCAAUAAUGGCUGAGCCAAAUACAAAUGAUUCAAAUAUCAUUGGUAGUGGCGGUGGUGGUGGUGGUGGUGGAAGUGAUAGUGAUCAAGAUUUUGAUCCAUCUGCCGAAAUGUUAGUUAAUGAUUUUGAUGAUGAACAUACAAUGGAUGAAGAAGAAGCAUUAGCUGAUGAUGAUGAUGAAAUUGAUGAUGAGCUUACUAAUAAAGAUGAAAUUGAAAAAUUGAAUCAGGAAAAAGAUAUUCCAAUUGAAGAACUAUUACGAAUGUAUGGUUAUGAUAAACCAACAACAACAACAACGUCAGAUAAUGUCGAUCAAUCAACAUCGGAUUCAUCAAAUUCAAAUAAUCUGACUAGUCAAACGCAAACAUCUGUAACAACAGCGGCUACAACAGCUAUAAAUAAUAAUAUAAAUCAAUUAUUAUCCGAUUCAUCGGAUGAUGAUUCUGAUGAAGAUUUUUCUGUUAAUGAAGAUGAAUGGAGAAGAACUAUACAGGUUGGAUCAGAUUUUCAAGCAGUCAUACCUGAUGGUUUAAAACAUUAUGAACAUGAUUCUAAUAUUGGUCAUAAUAAUAUAUUAUUGUGGAAGCCACCUAUAUCAUUAUUAAAUUUGGAUGAAUAUUUAUUAGAAUAUGCAAAAUUAUCGCUUUCAAGUGAUGAAGAUAGCCUUAAUGAUUUUGUAUUACCUACUGGAGCACAUAUCAAAGAUGAUGAACAAGCAUUAUUUACAUUAUUUCAAUGUAAAUAUGAUAUGAAAAAAGCAUUAUAUUUACAUGAAAAUGAUAAUGAAACAAAGGCACCAAUUAGUGAACCAAUGACACCAUGGUCAGAAGAAGAAUGUCGUGCCUUUGAAAGUGGCCUUCGUGCUUUAGGUAAAGAUUUCUAUCAAAUUAAACAUUCACGUAUACCAACACGAUCAGUUGGUGAAGUUGUUUCAUUUUAUUAUCUUUGGAAAAAAACUGAAAGACAUGAUAUUUUUGCUAAUAAAUUUCGUAUUGAAAAGAAAAAGUAUUCAUUACAUCCAGGUACUACCGAUUAUAUGGAUAGAUUCCUUGAUGAACAAGAAAAUGUAUCGAUUAAUAAUAUACCAUUAAAUCAGAAUAAUAAUAAUAGCACAUUAUCAACAAGUUCAAAUGUCCAAAUGAAUUCACAACAGCCGCAAACAACGCAAAACAAUUCAUCGAAUCAUCAUAAUCAUAAUCAUGGUAUGACUAUUUCGUUACAACAACCAUCAUCAUCAUCUUCAUCUUCGUCUAAUCGACAAUCAUUACAUUCUCGACAUGCUCAACAAACAACACCAUCAUCAUCACAUUAUCAUCAACAUCAUCCUACGAUUAAUAAUAAUAAUACGUCCAUGUCACUUGGUCGAACUAUACAAGUUUCAAAUGAACCUCAAACAAUACUUAUUAAUGAUUAUCAUGUUUCAAGUAAUGAUGAUAAACCAAUUGUCGUUUGUACUGGUGGUGGAUCAUCAUCUAAUCAUGGAAAUUAUUAUGGAUCAAAUAGUGGUGAAACAUCAUCAUCAUCAUCGAAUACAAAAACAAUUGUUGUUGGAAAAAAUCCUAUCAUGAUUGAUGGAACAUGGGUAUCAUCAUCAUCAUCCUCUUCAUCAUCAUCAUUAUCGGCAACAUCAUCUUCGGCAACAACAGCUAAUCUUACACCAUCGGUAUCGAUCUAUAAAAUACCACAUACUACAUCAUCAUCAUCAUCAUCAUUCAAUCGUUGAACGAAUUGAAAUAAAUGAUUUUCUGAUUAUAUUCUUUCCAUUAUUUUCACCCAAAUAUUAUUUCUUUUUUUUCAUGUA